GCACGGUCCCACCUCUUUUUCCUGGAGGGCGCGUUAGUGCUAGCUCUCACAACAGUAGGAGAGCAUGUCUUCCACAUCCAUCAACACGGAUCUCUAUGUACUGGGAGCGCAUUUGACUCGACCGGAUGCUUUUGUUUAAAGGCUGGAAACAUCUUCAAGCUGCAGGGACUUGGCGAGUUAGAUGUCAAUAUGUUAAAGCUCCUUGCUAGACAUUUAGCUGGUUAAUUGAUGGGUGUUAGCCAGAUAGCAUUCGCGCUGAAAUCCAAAGUUUUCAUCCCCUGGGACUUUUGGAUUAACGAUAGCUAGCUAGCUAGCCACUACGCAACUAUUCGGUCUUGGUAGCAAUUAUAAUUAAGUGCGUUUGUCAUUGUCACCACACCACAUAGACCGAUUAACAUUUGCUAACUAGGGGAAUCCUAAUAAUAUUGGGAUACAAGUUGGCAAGAUAGUAAAUUGACGUAUAUGUAACUUUUUUCCGCUCUAGGGACAGCCAGCUAGUUUUGCAAGCGGCUAGCGACGUUAGGUUCCAACCGCCUGAAAGCUUGUUUACUAGCCUCAAAGCUAACGUUGUAUGGCUGGCUCCAGCUUGCAAAGUGAAAGUAUUCGCUGGAAUGUUGUUUAUCCCGGAAUUAAUACGGUGAGAAGCGGCGACUUAUUUCACGCUUUUGGGGCGAAAAAAAAUCAUCGUUUGUCUUUUUAGUAGCUUGGAUCAUAUUUACAUGAGCUACGUUGGUAGCUAGCCAGGUGCGUUCGAUUUGGUUUGAUUUGCUCGGAUUGACAGUUAAUUUCCCGUUAAACUGGAUAACGUUUGCUAUGCUAGCUAGCUAAGAGACUACUGUGUGUUAUUUGGGAUAUUUCAGAGCUACUGUUACGUUGUUUUAAACUACGGCUAAAGCAUUGUUAAAAUGUAGCUGGAAAAAUGACUUCUGGUGCUGUCAAAAAUUGCCGUGGAAGUAGCGUUAACAUGAGAACGUUAACAUAGCUCAAGUUAAUGCUUACUCAUAUUUUAAUCUACUCAAUAGCUAUAGGUUUAACAUUACAUAGCUAAAUAGCGCCUAAACUUAAUGUAGGUUUACGCUAACUGUUUUAAAGUCGCCAACUAAUAAUACUCCCUGACUUUGAGUAUAAAAGAACUGACGCACCCACUCUCACCCUGGCUCAAGAUUUUUCCAUGGCGUUUCGAAGGUGAAUACGGUGCAGUUUUGCAAGCCUUUCCUUUUGAAGGUGAUUUAGCUUGCUGUACCUGGGGCAAUCAAACAUUACUCUGUGACCUCGGAGUGAGCUUGCCAGCAUCCCAGUCAUGGAGGGCAGCGGCGGCACCGGCAACCUACAGAAAGUUACUCCUUUGGCUCGAGAACUGUCAAAGAUAUUCAGUAGUUACAACAAACAUGCAGGACUGCUCAGAAAGAACUUGAAAGAGACAAACAUAUUCUUUCGGGAGAUCAGACAGAACUACAGCAAUGCAUGUGCAUCAGCCACAAACACAGGGACUGCAGCGCUGGAAGCAGGCCUGCAGCUCAACUGCAUCUCCUUCCCACGGCACGAAGAGGAGUACCUGCACGGCGUGGUGUCCAGCACACCCUACAUCCUCCUGCUGGGCCAGGACUGCCCGGCCCGCUACCAGCUGCUCAACUGCCUGCUGGGGGAGCGCCUGCUGCCCCUGGGGUCCGACGCGGGGUCCGCCUGUGGGGCGCAGGGCCUCACCUGUAAGCGGCGGAAGCUGUGCUUCACGCAUGGGCGCCAGACGCGCCUCAGCCUGGCACUGCCCGGCCAGUACGAGCUGGUGCACCAGCUGGCGGCGCACUGCGGGCGCUGGGAGACUGUGCCCCGACAGGACCUGGAGAUCCAGGAGGAGUGCGAAGACCCGGCGACCCGGCUGGCCGAGUUGGAGAUCACACUGCACCACUCGCUGCUGCAGGAGGCCAAGAUCAUGGUCGUCCCGUGCCCCGGUGUCCAGCCAAUUCAGGAGGCGCUGGAGGAUUGCUCACGCAACAUCAUUCCCAUCAUCAUCUAUGCCCUAAGCCAGGACUCGCUCACCGCUGAGCAGGUGGCCGACCUGCACAAGGUCCGAGAGACGCUCCCCUACCCCAUCUGCUUCGUCCGCAUGCCCUCGUCUUUGCUGUCGCCCUCGUCCUCCUCCUCGCCUUCCUUGACCCCAGAGGCCUCUCCCGAGUGCACACGGGCGGGCGAUCGGGAUCGGGAGCGGAACCGCGAGCGUAGUGGCCUGCACGUCCAGCUCCUGUCGCUGGGGUUCCUGGGCGGCGGCGCGGAGAACAGCUCGAGCGGCUCGGCCCCCAUGCCCCAGAGCGUGCUGGGCGAAUCCUUUGAACGGCUGCACCGGCUCCUGGGGCCCUUCGCCAAGCAGGUGCUGCAGAACCAGCAGGUGGAGGCGGCCAACAUGCUCAACGGGGUGCACUGCCGCUGCCUCGACCUCUUCAUCAACCAGGCUUUUGACAUGCAGAGGGACCUACAGAUCACGCCGCGGCGGCUGGAGUACACGCGAGAGAAGGAGGGCGAGCUCUUCACCUCGCUCAUGAUCAUCGCCAACCGCAAGCAGGAGGAGAUGAAGGAGAUGAUCGUGGAGACGCUCAGCAGCAUGAAGGAGCAGCUGCUGGAGGACGCUGCCAACCUGGAGUUCACAGAUAUCAUUGUAACUCCAAACGGGGAGCCCGUGGCCUCCAAGGACAUCAAGUCGUGCAUCCAGCAGAUCCAGGAGCUGAUCGUGGUGCGUCUGAACCAGGCGGUGGCCAACAAGCUCAUCAGCUCCGUGGACUACCUGAGGGAGAGCUUUGUCGGCACGCUGGAGCGCUGCCUCAACAGCCUGGAGAAGUCGCACAAUGACACCUCGGUGCACAACGUCACCUCUAACCAUCUGAAGCAGAUCCUGAACGCUGCCUACCAUGUGGAGGUGACGUUUCACUCUGGCUCGUCUGUGACGCGGUUAGUGUGGGAACAGAUCAAACAGAUAAUCCAGAGGAUAACGUUUGUGAAUCCUCCGGCCAUCACUCCAGAGUGGAAGCGUAAGGUGGCUCAGGACGCCAUCGAGAGCCUGAGCGCGGCUAAGCUGGCCAAGAGCAUCUGCUCCCAGUUCCGCACCCGCCUCAACAGCUCCCACGAGGCCUUCGCCGCCUCACUCCGACAGUUGGAGGAGGGUCACACGGGUCGCCUGGAGCGGACGGAGGACCUCUGGCUGCGGGUCCGCAAAGACCACGCUCCUCGCCUGGCCCGUCUGUCGCUAGAAAGCCGCUCGCUUCGAGACGUCCUCUUAAACGGCAAGCCCAAGCUGGGCCGCGAGCUGGGCCGAGGCCAGUACGGAGUGGUCUACCUCUGCGACAGCUGGGGGGGGAAGUACCCCUGCGCCUUGAAGUCAGUGGUCCCUCCUGACGACAAGCACUGGAACGACCUGGCCCUGGAGUUCCACUACACCAGGUCUUUGCCGCAGCAUGAGAGGCUGGUAGAUCUGCACGGGUCUGUCAUUGACCACACGUAUGCCGGCGGCUCCAGUAUAGCAGUGCUGCUCAUCAUGGAGAGACUCCACAGAGACCUUUACACAGGCCUUAAGGCCGGUCUAUCACUACGAGAGAGGUUACAAAUUGCCCAGGACGUUGUAGAGGGAAUCCGCUUCCUGCACGGUCAAGGGCUGGUGCAUCGAGACAUUAAGCUAAAGAAUGUCCUGCUGGACAAACAGAACCGGGCUAAAAUAACGGACCUGGGCUUCUGCAAGCCAGAGGCCAUGAUGUCCGGCAGCAUCGUGGGAACACCCAUCCACAUGGCGCCAGAACUCUUUACAGGAAAGUAUGAUAACUCUGUGGACGUGUACGCCUUUGGGAUACUGUUCUGGUAUCUGUGCUCUGGCUCUGUGAAGCUGCCCGAGGCUUUCGAGAAGUGUUCCAGCAAGGACCAGCUGUGGAACAACGUCAAGAGAGGCUCUCGUCCCGAGCGCCUGGCCACCUUUGACGAGGAGUGCUGGCAGCUGAUGGAGGCGUGCUGGAACGGCGACGCCUUACAGCGCCCCCUGUUGGGCAUCGUGCAGCCCAGCCUGCACAGCAUCAUGGUGCGCAUGUGCAACCUCAGCCCCGAGCGCAAGAGCAGCAGCCUGGACGACUCUAACUGACUACGCCAGCAACAAAACACUUGACACGGAGAGAGAGGAUGUAUUGGUGGAGUGUAUACGGUUCCACAGAGGCACACUCUGAAAACAAAAACCAACAUACACACUCACUCCCUCAUGAGCACGCACACGAACACACACACUCCAAAAAAAAGAUAUCCGUUUGAGUCCCUACCAAAUGGAUAAACUGUAGUGACCAAGACAACAGGUAUGUUUUGUAUAACUCAUAGGUGUUUUCCCCCCAUUCCCUUGACAAGGGUCUAAUGUACACUAUUUAUGAUAUCUACCUUAUUGGAAACAAAAUACAUGUAAAGUGUGCACAUAUGUGUCUUGACCUUGUUUGUGGCGUUUGUGUAUUUAUGUAUGUUCUAGCACACACUAUGCUUCUUUCUUAGCAAGCAUGCUAAUUGCUGCUUUGUCAUAGGAUUGCUACUAGACAUGAACAUUUUAAAAGUAGUCCAUAUCCAGUAUUAUGCUAAAAAAAAGAAAGAAGUGAUUUUAGUCUGUAUUUAAAGCUGGUAAUUGGAAUAUUACUGCUAUCCUGAGAUGACAACUGUUUUUUAAUAAAAUGAUUUUCUGAAAUUA